UUACCGGUAACCUGGCCAGACCAAGUAGCAGGGUGGUAUUUACCACGAAUCGGCACCUUUAUUUCGAUAGCAGGUUACUUUUAUCGAGCAGUUCUUCUUCUUUUCGUCAUCGUGUCGACGCCUCUCUGUGACUGGCUAUUUGGCCAUCAGCUCCGCAUAGCAUUGCAGAUAAAAUUCAUAUACAUAUACAAUUAUACAGCCUGUGGUGUGUAGGUUCGUAGAGCAAAUCAAAAUUUGCAGUAAUAAAGGCACUAGCGAGGACCUUAGCAACAUCAAUAAUACGCAAUUGAUAGCAUCAGACACGGGACAGCCGACGAGUGCAGCCAAUUGAUGGAUAAUACGAGAAAAUAAUCGUAAUUGGCAAGUUCAAUGCACGAAUAAUAUAUUUGGUUAUAUUUGUGAGUGUGCGUGAGUGUAUUGGUGCUUGAUAAGUAUAUGUGUCGAUUUCUUAUUCACUAAAACUCCUGGAUAAAGUGCCGUGAAAAGUGCGUAAAAUCGAAAUCCUCCCACGCGACGGACCCCAUCCGAGUCCGCGUCUGAGACCGAGACCGAGACCGAGUCCGAGUCCAGAGUGCGACUGCACCGUGUCGUACCGUCCCCAUUCACAGGACGGACGGGAUGUAGCAGGUCGGGCGAACAACGUCAAGAGAGCGAAGAACAUAGAACACAGAAGGCGGAGAUGUUGGAGCGGCUCGAGCUGAGCAAUCCCCAGUGUCAGUGAGUAGGAUUACAUUCCCAUGCAUCUAAACGUCUAAAUUCUCAAGUGAAUUCUAUACUCAAGUUUAAGCCGAGCCAAACACACAAAAAAAAAAAAAAAAACCAGAAAAGAAUCACCGACUGCUGCUCAACGAGGCAGUAGUAUAGGAAGAAGAAGAAGAACGGCAAAGAAAAAAACUUGUUUGAAAAAAAAGAAAGAAAAGUCCGAACGGAACGAAAAGACGGACGCAAGACGAGACGCCCAAAGAAGCUGAAGCAGAAUCGGCGUGGAUCUCUGGGCAUCUUUUCCUAGAGAAUCGCCCGAGAGUAGCGACGUCGUCCGCGACGUCACCAAAAUACAAAACAACGCAGAAGCAGAAGGUGGUCCACAAACAGGAACAGGCAUGGACGAGGAUGACAACCUGUCAAAUGCCGAUAUCAGCAUCGAUGACGAGGACGAUGAUGGGGACAGGGCACGGGCCAUGGUCCAGCCCAUGGUGGACGAGGAUGAGGAUGACGAUUCCGAUAUGGAUUUGUCAUCGGAUUAUGUGCAGGCGGCGGGCCAUGUGUCCGUAGGUUCGGGUGAUAGUGCAACCGGUGCCGGUGGCGGUGCCGCUGCUACCGCCGCCUCUGCCCGCACGAUUGGGGAAGGGAGCGGCACUGCCACUGCCACUGCCACAGGAGCUAGAGCUGGCAAUUCUCGUUCGCCGUUGCAUGACAACUACUCAAGCGCCGCAGCAGCUUCUGCGGCGGGCGGUGCAACUGGCAGUGGCAGCAGCUCAAAUAGCAGUGGACACUAUGGAACCGGGAGUUCGGCUGCUGGAGCAGCAGCAGCUGGCGAGGAUGCUGGCGCCAAGCCGAGCUUUUUCUUUGGCACCUCCUCAUUCAGCCUACGCAGCCGCAAGGAGGUGGCCGCCCUCAUCAACACAGAGUGCUGCCGCGGCAGUCCCACACCCGAUCUGGACUCCAUUAUGGAUACGCUCUUCAAUCCAGGCACGCCCAUCGAUAAUCCCGACAACAUCGAGUGGAUACGCUGGCUAAUCGCCGGUGGUCGUACACCGCAGGAGUUUGUCAAGAUUGUGCGCAGCUAUGACAACCACGCCAAGUGCGGCCUUGUGUGGGUGCCCCAUGUGGUGGCCUAUCGGUGCCGCACCUGCGGGAUCUCGCCCUGCAUGUCCAUCUGUCGGGACUGCUUCAAGAAGGGCAACCACACCAACCAUGACUUUAACAUGUUCUUGUCCCAGGCUGGCGGCGCCUGCGACUGCGGCGACACGUCCGUGAUGAAGGCCGAAGGAUUCUGCAGUGACCAUGGCAUCAAUAAUCGCGUGAAUCGCGAUCCCGUGCCCAACAAUCUGCUGGCCGUGGCCGAGGCCAUCAUGCCGAAGCUGCUCUUCCGCCUGUUGCAGCACUUUCGUGAGCAUAGCGACACCUCACUGCAGGUGCACGCCAUGACCUCUUACUCGUGCGAGGAGUUCGCCAAUAUGCUGAUCGACCUGAACAACAUGGGCGAGAUCAUGCGCAAGGUGAUGACGCGCACCCUGAUCAAUCACGAGGUGUACGCCUACUUUAUGGAGACGCCCUGUCAGGACACACGCAACGGACGAUUCCUGAAGGCGAAUCGCGAAAAGUACGAGGACGCGGUCAAUCGGUUCCCCAAUCCGGAGCCACCCGACGAGUACCGUGACCUGCCGGCGCUCUGCGAAAAGCUGGUCCACACCACUCUACUCGAGGAGUUCAUAUUCUGGACAUUCAAGUUCGAGUUCCCCCAGACGCUCGUCUGCUUUCUGCUCAAUAUGCUACCCGACCAGGACUACAAAGAACACUUGACCCGCACCUUUGUGAUGCACUACAGCCGAAUUCCGUCCGUGCUGGAGAUGUCACGCGAUCCGGACACGCUAAGCAACCGCGUGGUCCACAUGAGCGUUCAGCUCUUCUCCAACGAGAGCUUGGCCCUCAAGAUGGUCAACGAGCUGUCGCUGUUGCAUGUUAUGAUUAUCAGCCUGAAGCUAAUGAUGUCCAAGAUUCUCAUCCAGAAUACACUGCACGAUCCCGCCAAGAACUUUCACUUUGUCAUCGACUGUACGCGCCAGGUGAUGAAGGAUCAUUGCUAUUGGCCGCUUGUCUCGGACUUCAAUAACGUGCUAUCGCACGAGUCGGUGGCCUUGGUCUUUCUUCGGGACGACAACCUCAUCGACAUGUGGUUUCAGUUCCUCCAAAUGCUUCAGGGCAUGAACGUGAAUGUCCGGGAGACGGGCUCCCAUGUGGAAUUCGAACCUAACAGCUACUAUGCGGCCUUCUCCUGCGAACUGGAGGCCAGCGCCUAUCCCAUGUGGUCGAUCAUAUCCCAUCUGCAGGACGGCACUCAUGCCCAUCUGGCCAAAAAGAUCAUCAACUAUUGUGUGACGACGCUGCACGAGUGGCUCGAUUCGAUUUACUUUAUGGAGGUCAGAAUCUCAAUGGAGGAAAUGAUGCAGGCCUCAUUCCAUUUUCCGCUGCAUCGGUAUCUGGCCGCCUUUGUCUGUCAGGCGGUCACCAAAAUGGGCAUUCCCCUGAGCGAAGUGCUGCCCUCGCGUCCUUACCUCUUGCCGCUGUUGAUGAUUCAUCCGCUCCGUGUUCAGAGCUUCUUCUACGAGAUUCUGGCUGGCAAAUGGGUGCGAAAUGGCCUCCAGAUCAAGGGCCAGGCCAUGACCUACAUACAGGCCAAUUUCUGCAACUCGAUGGCUGACAUGGACCUGUUUUUCCUACAGAUCUGCGCAACCAAUCUGCCGCAAUACUUUUUCCUGCAGAACACUAUCGAGCUGUUCGACGUGUCCCAGUGGCUGGAGACGGCACCGCUGAAGCAGCCCCAAAAGGCAGAGCAGUCCUCCAUGCUGGAGGGUUUCCUCACAUUCCUCGCCACCCUGGUCACCAGUCGCACCAAUCUGGGCAACGAUGAGGCCACCCAAUGCAUCAUCGAGAUCAGCGCCCUGCUGGCCACCGAGAACAAGACACACUCGCAGCUGCUCGAGCUGAUGCCGGAGCGGUCGGGCAAUGUCCAUACCAAGAACUUUGAGACCUUCCUCAAGAAGCUGUCGGUGUACAAGGCGCCGUCGAGUGGGUCCGAGAACCUCGAGCAGGGGCUCUUCACACCCAUCGACGAGGUGUGGGAGAAGUACUAUGAUCCGCUGCACGUCCUCCUGCGGGCUGUGCACCGGCGCGACUUUCAGUCCUCUCUGGACCGCUUCACAAACUAUGUCAUGUCCAAGGAGAAGAUGCCCGCCAGUGGCAACCUCUGGCCGCCGUUCCGUCUGCCACAAGCCCUGCCCACGUCCAGCUCCUUCACCGAUCCCUGCCGCAUACUGAACUCGCGCGUCUUCCACUCCACCAUCCUCUCGAUCUUUUUCCGGGCCGUGCACACGCGCGAUGUCUCCGAGCACCUGCUGGCCCUGGCCGUCUUUCUGCUGGAGAUGGCGGUGGAGACGAGCAGCGAUGUCAGCGACAGCCCGCCGGCGGCCGCGGCCGCCAUGGUUGAGUGCGGAGGUGGUGGUGGAGGCGGAGGGGGAUACCAUCACGGAUACAACCAGGGCAGGCAGGAGCCUCCGCGACUGUUCCAGUGCUAUCCCACGGACAAUCUCAGCUGCAACCUGCGGCACGUGGUCAAGAAGCUGUCCCUGAAGUCGCGCGAUCCGCAAGUGAUUGGGUCCAGCUACCGCUCCAAUCCGUUCUACUCCGAUCUAGAGUUCGACGUGGAGCCGGACUCGGGAAUGGGCAUGCGGAUGAUCGGACAGAUAGAGUCCGAUGGUGAUGAGGUGGCUGGCGGAGGCGGACCGAGAGCGGGAGCAGGAGCAGGAGUGGGAACGGGACCUGGAGCGGGUGCCAUGACUGUGGCGCGCAGGAACAUGUCGCAGGCUCUGGUGCCAAUGCGAAUGCCCGGAAUGGAAGUGGCCCUACCGCCGGAUCUGUCCGUUGUGCCGGAGACCGGAGUGAUCAUCCGGCAGGACAGUAACGAGGAUGACCUGCUGCGAGAUCGGGAUACAGCCAUGGAUUUGGGUCCCGCCGCCCUCGACUUUCACUUCCCCAUGCAGCAGAUCACGCUCCCAGAGAGCGGCAUGGAGGUGGCCAUACGACGUGACCUCCUCCUGGCCGAGAGCAAUCAUGUGGCUGGAGGAGCUGGAGCGGGCGCUGGCAUUGGCAUUGGCACUGGACCCCCGGCGCUGGCUGCGCCCAGCGAGAUGUUCUCUCCCACGACUCCCACCGGCAGCGGUAUGCUGCUGCCGUUCCAGCGCGUCCAACCGGUGGCGGUGCCGAGCAGCGGCAACAUGGACAUUGUACCCUCGAACGCCCUCGGGAUGGGCAGCUUUGCCGGCAGCGGGCGGCGCAUGAACUACGAUGCCACUGGGACUCGCAAGCGGUCCGUCGACAUUGCCAUUGGGGGCAACAACAAAGACGACCUGCACAUGGACGAGAGCAUUCUGUCGCUGCUGCUGAAGCUGCACUCCCAGCUGAGCGGCACCCUUGACAGCUUUUCGCUUAGCGAUGGUGAGGAAAACUCGGAACUAGGAUCAGCAACGGCAUCGGCAUCGGAUCAGCAGUCUAUGGAUGUGGACUGCAAUGAGGCGAGCACAUCGACGGCCGCGGCAGCUGCCGAGAGCACUUCCCUGGCCGAACGGCAUGGGCGGGGGCGUCGCAACUACAACAACAUCUAUGUGUCCGCUUCUCGGAUCGGCGACGGGCCCUUCUUCAUUGGGAAUUUGCUGCGCAAGAUUGCCAAACGGGACGAGCUGUGCGCAGUGAGCAUCGACGAGAUACGGGCCCGCCUCUGGCCCAAUCAGCGCGAGAAGCAGGCGGAGGCGAGGGCGCGGGAGAGCAAGGAGAAGGAAGAGCGCCGCAAGAAGGCGCGCGAGCGGCAGCAAAAGAUGAUGCAGGACUUUGCCAACAAGCAGAUGCAGUUCAUGCAAUCGGCGGCAGCGGCGGCCAAUAACAUGGACAACGGGUUGGAGGACGACGACGAUGAGGAUCUGUACGAGGAGCAGCCGCGCGAGAAGGAGUACGACUGCAUCAUCUGCAACUGCACGACGCCCAGCACUGAAACCAAUCCAAUUGGCCUGGUGGUCCUUGUCGAGUCCAGCGGCAUUGUUGGCCAUCGUCGGCGCAUUGCCGAGCGUCUGCCGCUCCCCCUCGACGCCGGGGAAGAGCAACGGCUGGCCCGCACCACCCGCCUGGCCUCAGAGUUCAGCCGCCGCACCGAGCUGCUCAGUUUGAAGUUUGGCGACGAGUCCUGGUAUCUGUCCAACAACAUGUCCUACGACAACGGCGUCCAUGUGCAGUCGUGCGGCCACCACGUGCAUCUGAGCUGCCUGGAGGCGUACCUCAAGACGUUGUACACCACCCAGCGGCAGCCGGUACAGGACCGCGGCGAGUUCUAUUGCCCGGUGUGUCGGCAGCUGUCCAACUCGGUGCUGCCCCUCAGUCCACAACUGGACCGGCCCACGCAUCUGGUCAGGUCGGGCAAUCAGCCGUUCGAGCAGCUGGUCGCCGAUCUCUCGGACCUGAUCAAGGAGAAUGAAACGAUACCGCCACCCACAAAACUGACGGAGGCCAUGGGCCAUGCCAUGGAGGUGAUGACCAACAUUUCGCAGCGAAAGGUGAAGUGCGCCUCCAUCACGUUCCGCAAGCUGUUCAUCUUCGUGACGUCGAUAGCGCGCACCAAUCUGGAGGCGGAGAUCAUCCAACGCGGCGGAUCACUGUGCACAUCGAAUGCCACGCGCUAUAAGCCGAAGAGGGACUGCAUUGUGCCGCUUCUGCAUGUGCUAUCGGUGCAUGUGCGGGUCCUGGUCGAGUGGCCGCUGUGGAGCAGCUGGGCCUCGCUUGCGGGACUACCCGUGAGCGAUGCGGAGCCGUUGCCGGCCCAUUGCCAGGAGCUGAUACCUAGUGUGCUAGCGGAUCCCAUUGCACUGCUCCUGAAGUUCAUUCUUUUGGCACCGCUGCACUUGGACCAGGACUACUUCACCUGCAUGGUGAAGGUGAUGUACAAUUUGUUGUACUACCAAAUUGUCGUUCAGCUGUGCGUCACCCUGACGGAUCUCGAGUGCGAAAACAUUCUGACACUAUACGGCAGCUCUGGGAGCAGCAGCACUACCAGCACCAACACCAGCGCCAGCGCCAGCGCCAACGACAACGCCGGCAGCCAGCCGUCGGAGACGGCAACACCGGCAACAGCGGAAACAGCGGAAACUGCAGCCGUUGUCAGCUCCAGCGCCUCUGCAUCUGCCUCCGCCUCCGCCGGCUCUGUGCUCUCGUCCUACAGCCGCCGCAGCAGCUCGAGCCGCUUCAGCGGCCAUCAGCAGCAGAGCGCCUCCCAGCUGGGACGGGCCAUGGCACUGGUGUUGGGCGAGACCGAUUGUCUGAUCAAUCUGCGUCGCGACAGCAUAGCCAGCACUUCUGCGGCAGCGAGCAGCAGCAGCGCCAGCAGCAGCGCCAGCGGCCACGGCCACGGCCCCGGCCCGGGCCCCGGAACGAGCGGAGGGACAGCAUCGUCGUCAGAUGUGAAUCUAAAAUCGAUGGAGCUGCAGCUGCAGUCGCUGUGCCUACCAUUCCUGCGGGUGGCGGCCCUGCUGCGUCAGCAUUUGUAUCGCCAUGAGAUGCCGGAGAUAUCGGCGCCGGGUCUGGAGUUUGUGCGUCUGGUCUACUACCUGGAGCUGGUCACCGACUCGAUGGACUGGGACUGUUUCAAUGCCAGCAAAGGCCUGUGCUUCAUACCGGGCACCGAGCACACACUGCCCCAGUUCUGGUGCAAACAGCUGCGGGAGGUACGCCCGCCCUCGGACACCAUCCGGGAGCUGGUGCUGAUCAACCAGCAUUCGCUUUGGCAGCAGCCGCGACUGCUCGAGCUGCCACGCGAGUACGAGCGUCUGUUCACGUACUACCACGAGCGGCCCUGCCUCAAUUGCUACAAAGUUCCAAAGGAAAGCUCCAUUUGCCUGCUGUGCGGGACGAUUGUGUGCCUCAAGCAGAACUGCUGUGCGGAGAACGAUUGCUGUGAGGCUGUACGGCACACGCUGUCCUGUGGCGGCGGCAUUGGCAUCUUCCUGGUGGUCACCUCCACGUACAUCAUUGUCAUACGCGGUCGACGCGCUUGCCUGUGGGGAUCGCUCUACUUGGAUGACUUUGACGAGGAGGAUCGCGAUCUCAAGCGCGGCAAACCAUUGUAUCUGAGCCAGGAUCGGUUCAAUUUGCUGGAGUCGCAGUGGCUUUCGCAUAAGUUUGCUCACACAAAUCACACCUGGGUGUUUCAUCGCGAUCUCUUGUGAAAUAUGGAAGAUUUACUGCGCAGCAUACAGGAGCUGGUUGGCCAGAUCUAGCGGGAAAAAGCCAAGUCAAGUCAAGUUUUCAGUUACCAGUUUCCUGUUUGCUGUCUGCGCCACGCCUAGUCGUCCAUCACCAGUCAACAACCCCCAAAAAACCCCAGAAACCCAAGAAACCGACCCGACCCGACUCAAACCGAUCUGAUCUGAUCUGAUCUGAGGCUUCUCCUCAAAAUUGUCUCUUCUUCCCCCGCCCCCUUAGGUUUAAGUUAGUUCGUUAUUUGCCCCCCCCCCCCCCCCAAGCAGCAUAUUUCCAAAUUGUGGAAGGAGGAGGAGAAGUGUGCACUCAAGACAGACUACUAUAUAUAUAUAUUGGAUAUAUCGGAUGCAUCUACACAUAUGUAUGUACAUGGCGACGAGCCCCACAUGACACUAAUCGGUCGUAAUCUGUCGUUAUACGCAUCUCAACUCGUACUGGCACCGCACAUAGCAAACCGCACCGUCAACAAAGGCAUCAAAUCAAUGAUAUUAUCUGUAUCAAAUAAUUAUUAAUCAAUGCAAAUGACAUAUGUUGUAAAAUGUAACUGUUUAUGGGCUCCAGGUCCAAGUUAAUUGAUAAGAAAACACACACACUCGCACACACAACAUAAACACAAACACAACCACACAAAACACACACGAUUACGAUUACGAUUACGAUUACGCCUAUAUGAUCGCAUAUAUGUAUGUGCAUAUGUACGAGUAAAUAUAUAUCUGCCUGUUACCGAUCGCACCCCGCAUCUAUGUAUGUGAAUCUCUGCAGCAAGAUCUAAGAAAUUAUUUAAUAUAUUCGAAUAAUAUGCAUAUAUACAUAUACAUAUAUAUAUAUAUAUAUAUAGAUAUAUAUAUAGAUAUCUGUGUUUCGUGUUCUACCUAUGGAAGCCUUUAAGUUUUAAGUCUAGUAUCGCGAUAUCUUUAAUCUCUAAGGAAGCAGCAGCAGCAGCAGCAAGAAAAAUAGCUAACAAAAAUAACAGAAAAGAAACGAAACGAAACUGUCUACUUUGGCCUCAUGAGUUUGUGCAUGUAAAAAACGAAAAAGAAUAUGAUAUUGAUAUACAUAUACAUAUACAUAUAAAUAUAUAUAUAUAUAUAUAUGAGAUGAGAUAGUUAAUUUAUAGUAUGUCUAUUCCAUACUUAAAUGCGAUGAUAAAUACUACAGUUAAAGAAAAUUGAGAAGCAAAACAAAACGAAAUGAAAUGAAAAGCGAAUUGUGAAAUGCGUAGAAAAUAGAGCUGAACAUGCAUAUGAUAUAUGCAUAUAUCUAGGAUAUAUAGAGAGCAGGGAGAGAGGAGAAGAGCAGAGUGUGCAAUGGGCAAACAGAGGACAAUGGAGAGAGCGAGCGCUGACUAGCUGGGCGACUAGCCAGAGGACUAGGAGAGGUGUUAGGGUGAAUUUGUUAUUAGUUUUUACCGAUUGUGUGUUACAUACAUAUGUAGGCGUGUAGGCGUUUAGGCGUUUAGGCGUGUAGGACUUGUCCUCGGCGCUGGCGAAGCUGCAAUUUGCAAAUUGAUAUUGUUUAAUAGUUAUUAUAACGCGCUGCUAUGGCAAAUUGAUAUUUUUUAAUAUACAAACUGUA